GGACAAGAUGACACCCACUUCGCUACCACUAGGGAGGUAUCCAUGCGACUAUCAGCUGCACUCGUAUGUCCGCGCCCAUCACCAGCAACAAUUGCGUGUUCCUUGUCUCGGCUCGGCCUCUCAAAAUCCUGGAUUGGUCUUCUUACCACGCUGCCCCAAUCUCCAUCUUGUUGACGCUCUUUUCAAUCCGGUGCCUCUCAAGUCGCCUGACCUCACCGUCGUCGCUCGGUCCUGCAAAUGGACUGACUGCUCCUCUGAUCGACUCGCUUUCGCUCUCCUCCUCUCCUCCUCUACCUAUAUGAGAACAGUUGCUGGCCAACUCGAUUCUACUACCUUACAGCAAUCCCUUUUCAACGAGGGCGUGAGGGGCGGCCUCUCCCUCGCUUGGCUUGCUUGAUUUGAUCGGACAUACCAUCCUACAGCAUCGGCCGGAGCUGCAUUUGUACUUGAUCCUGCACAUCAACUUCUACGUUUGAUGUUGGUGUCCGAGCCUCCCACUUACAUCAUGGCGCAGCAGCAGUCAAUUCCUGCAGCCAUGCCCAACACCAUCACCUUCUCCCCGUCUGCCUCUCAACCUCGACCGCUCGAUUCUCCAAGGCCAAUGACUCCGGCCAGCCCUCUCAUGGAGGCCCAAACGGCCUUUGACCAGCCUGUCAAGCUCAAAGGGCGGCACAGAUUGCUUCAAGGCCUGCAGCGGAUGUCUUCUUCUCCGUCCCUUGCCAAGUUGGGUCGAACCCGCUCAAGCGAGAAGGUCUACAAGUCCGGCCAGAAGGCCUCCAUCUCUUGCGUCUCUCUCAAUUCUCCGCCCUCGACAUACUCCUUAUCACCCCACGCUUCCUACGCCUUCUCCAAUGGCUUCUCUACAGCGCCAACGACGCCCGGUUCGCCCUGCAGCCAGCAGUCCUACUUUGAGACAAACGCCCGACUCCGACCAUUGGACCCCAAUGAGAUCACUACCGUCCCUGUACCGGUCGAUAUUCGCACCUCGAAACCUCUCUCCACUCCGCUGCCUGAGAUCUCAGAGAAGCCGUUCCCUCGAAGACCGAAUUUCAACUUUUGGAAAGACCUGCCAUAUGAGAUAAGAGUGUACGUGCUGGGUUUCCUAUCACCCAAGGAGAUCAUCAGGAUCUCUGCAGUGUCCAAGGAGUGGCAUGAUAUGUGCUUUGAUGGCCAGUUGUGGACGAGUCUCGACUGCCAGACAUAUUACCAACAAAUCACCUCGGAGGCUCUGAUUAAGAUCAUGCUCAAGGCCGGCGCUUUUGUCAAGAACCUCAAUCUCCGGGGAUGUGUGCAACUGCGGGAUCAGUGGCUGAGUCUGGGGACCAGAAUGACAAACCAAGAGUGCCGGAACCUGGAGAACUUCAGCAUCGAAGGCUGCAAAAUUGAGCGGUCGUCCAUUCAUUUCUUUCUUCUCCGGAACCCAAGACUGCUCCAUAUCAAUAUGCCCAGCAUGCAGAACAUCAACAAUGCAACCAUGAAAAUCAUUGCCAGCCAUUGCCCUCAGCUCGAGCUUCUGAACAUCGACUGGUGUUCCCAGAUUGACACCAAAGGUCUCAAGAAGGUCAUCCAAUCUUGUCCAAACCUCACCGAUCUGCGGGCCAGCGAGGUUCGAGGGUUGGAUGACAACGAAUUUAUGCUCGAAUUGUUCCAGCGUAAUACUCUGGAGAGGUUAAUCCUCCAGCAUUGUGACAGCUUGACAGACGAGGCUCUGGAGAUCAUGAUCCACGGCAUCGACCCCGAACGGGAUGUUCUGACUGACCGACCAGUGGUGCCUCCGCGGCGAUUACGACAUUUGGAUAUUUCGCGCUGUCGAAAUCUAACCGACCGAGGUGUCAAAGCCCUUGCAUAUAACGUACCAUACUUGGAAGGUCUCCGGACGUGCCAGAACACGGCCUUGACUGAUGAUGCCUUCGAAGAUCUCGUGCAGUCAACACACCGUUUGACGCACCUUGAAGUGGAAGAAGUUGAUCUUUUGACGAAUGCAACACUGAUCAAUCUUUCAAAGUCAAAGGCUGCGAAGACCUUGGAACACCUGAGCGUUUCCUACUGCGAGCAGAUAGGAGAUAUCGGCGUGUUGCCUCUGCUCAAGGCCUGCCCUCGUAUCAAGUCUCUGUGCUUGGACAACACAAGAAUCUCUGACUUGGUGCUCAUGGAAGCCUCUGAGCAAGUCCGCAAACGGGGUAGCACGACCAAGAAGUCACAACGGCCUGAGAAGGGCCUAGAGCUGGUUGCGUUUGACUGCGCCAACGUCACCUGGGCCGGCGUCCGCGAGAUUCUUCAGGGAAAUGGCCGCGUCAUGCAAGGUCGGAAGAAGUCAGUGGUACAGACAUUCAAUGCGGAAGAUGAGUUCGGCGAGAAACAGGAAAUUCGGAAGGUGGUUGAGAUCCAAACUUUGCUCUACCCCACCGAAAUCAUUCAUCUCAAAGCCUUCUAUGGUUGGCAGCAAACGGUAGAGGAGCAUUACAAACGUUGCGUCACCGGCCGUUGGGGUGCAGCUGCCCGCUUGGAACAGAAAUGGGCAGAGUGGAUGGUCGCCAGCGAAGAGGUCGGUGUCGUCGGUCAUGGCUGGAGCUCGAGGCGCCGAAGACGGCGGGCUCGCGAAGCCGAAUUCCGUGUCAGAGAUGACGAAGACGGUGCGGCUCAUGAUGCCGGAACGGGAGAUGAAGAUGCCAGUGGUCAGGAGUUUGCGCCUGGAAGGCCCCCACGAGGAGGGCGGCGACGUGCCAGGAGUGGUGGUUGUGUGGUGAUGUGAGCCACUUGUCAGCCACUUGGCCUUUCCAAGUUGCUGAUCUGCCCUUUUUAUUGUUGGCGUCUGUGGCACUGGCGAUCCGCCGGUUGGACUCGCGAACCGGAGAAAGGUGGGAUGGGUGAUCUGUGCUGAUAUACAAAUGUUUGGAGUUGGGGGCCCAUUUUGGAUAUCAGGUCAUGGUGGGAUACUGGCGCAUCUUGAUUUCUGAUUGUGUUCCAGCGUUGUGACAUUGUUCCGGUGUUCAGACAAUCUGCUGAUGAUGUGACUGUCGUGUCAUCUCCGAGAAUAGUCAAAGGCAGGAAAGGCUUUAUGCUGGUCCAGUUCAUUCACACCUCUGCUAGCUGCUUGUAUACAGCUCAAGCGAUCUUCGAAAUCUGUAAGACAGUUAACCACUGUUGCUGUCCCACUUUGUCUGUUACGUCGAAUUUGGAGAAAGGGACACAUUCAAGGACUGGGGGUCAACCAAGUCUCAGUUCAACAAGCUAUCGAGUGUGCCUAUGUAUAUUCGCACCAGACCCUCACCCGUUCCCAUAGUUGUCAAACGCUGUAACGACGUUGACGAGCGGAGCUCAUAACUAUGGGAGGGGCGUCCCUUCAGAAAGCCCUUGCGGCGCUGACUUGGGGGAUGAAAGGGCGAUAACCGUCCGACCCAAACAGAGACAAGCCACCGACACCGACACCGCCCAGGGGAGCGCGACCGAUCCAACCACCAUCCCACGGAGAGAACGGAGUAAGUCGAAAGGGGAAAGAGAGGGGCAAGAGAGGGCAGAGGGGGACCUUCAGGGCUGUUGCUGUUGCUGUUGCUGUUGCUGCUGCUGCUGCUGCCGCUCCUCCUCUUCCAGUCGCUUCUGCUCCUGCCAAUACUCCUCGCGGACCUCUGUCAUCCGCUUUGGCUGCUCCCCUGGGCGGUGGAAGAUAAAGCGGUCCCAGGAGCCGCGCCCGCCCUGCAACGCGCCGGCCGGUCCGGUGACCGCGUCUCCAAAAUCCCGCGCGAGAAAGUCCAACAACUUCUUCUCCAGGUCCUUCGGGCCUGAGAAAAACCCCAGCUCCAUCCACGUUUCGCUGCCAUCAGCCUCCGCCUGAUCGGCAUCUUCCAUCUCCCACAGCCAAAGCUCCGGCGCCCGCCGGACUGGCUUUCCCUCCGAAUCGCGCUUCACGCGCAGCCGAGGCACCACCAACCGCUGCCCGUUGACGAGGAUGGGCGUUCCCUGGGGACUGAGGACGAUGGCCGAGUUGUACUCGAGCUCAUCUCCACCCCGGACGAAGAAGCGCUCUGGGCGGGUUGCCAUGUGGAUAAACUUCCACAUGGUGGCACUUUUGGGUCUGUCGAACAUCAAGAUGUCAGUGAUGAGUUCAACCAAAUGAGCAAAAUGGGUUAGGUGUGUAUUGAGAGGCAAGGCGACGCGGGUGCAACUCCAUGACAACGUGGCUUGUUGACGGCGUCCAGUCGUAGGGCAUGUCGAGUGCAGCGUUGCACAGGACGGCGUCAAGGUAAAAGAGAGGCAUGAAGCACAGACCAUCGACAUUGCUCAUUCACUGUCUGUCGUCUUGUUGUCCGCUGUUCCAAGCCAAGUGAUUUUUCAAAGACCUUGAAUGUUGUGGGCGGGAGACUAUGCAAGAAGGUGGGUUGAAGGGUAGGAGAGAAAGGUUGCAGGCAACCGGGAGACGUUGUGAGGUAACAUGAAGGGCAUGGUUGUCGUUGAGAACAGACUCAAGAGAAUUUGUCUCAGGUCUGGACAGCCGUGGACAGGGGUGAAGUUGUCGUCACGUCGUUGAUGGAGACAAAUAAAAACAGAGAGGAUGGGGGUGAAGUGCACAAAAUCAGAGUGGAACUUACACGCCAGGCAUAUUGUCGGAAUUGGAAAAGCGUAAAGUCUUGUGUAGUGAUCUGUUAAAGCAGCGACUUUCUCUCGCUGAAAUUGGUGAUGUUCAAGGUGAUAUUCGGGUCGGCAAAGCUACUGAGAAGAGAAAUUUUAAAGCAGCGAGAGAGAUUUCAAAAUUCGGUUUUGCCACCUACUGCAAAAUCAUGCCAAGGCCGACAUAGUCUUGUUGACCCUAUGACCCUUCAACACCAAGUGGCUGCCAG